UCCUGUUCUUCCUCUCGUCCUUUCUCCUUCAGCCCUUCCUCACGCUCCUCCACGAGCACCUCGUUUGUGCUAGGAGGGAGGUGGUGACUCCGGGGUCCCACGUCGCCCAUGGGCUGGGUCCUCCCCCCCCCCGACCCCCCCCACACCCUGACCCUGCUGGGGAGCACCUGAGCCCAAAGUCACCCCCGGCCCUCUCCCUGCAGUUUCUGUCCCUCCGGCAUGAAGAUCCUGGUGGUGAUGCUCCUGGCUCUGGUAGCUGCAGCCUCAAGGAACGUCCUGUGGGUGCUCGAGGGGACCUCCUGUGACCUGCCCUGGCAGGCCGCCCUCUUCAAAGGGGACAAAUUCAUCUGCGGGGGCACGCUGGUGGCCAGGAACUGGGUGCUGACGGCCGCCCACUGCCACGUCCCAGGCUUCAUCAGCGUGCGGCUGGGGGACCGGGGGCCCAAAGAGCCGGAUGACUCGGAGCAGCGCCGGCUCUCCUCCAAGGAAUACCCCCCCGCCACGAAGGACAGCGACCUCAUGCUCAUCAAGCUCCUCUCGCCCGUCCACAUCAACGAGUGGGUCAAGCCUCUGCCCUUGGCCACCCGCUGUCCCGUGCCUGGCAAGACCUGCCAGAUCUCGGGCUGGGGGUCCACCACCAGCCCUGAAGUGAACUUCCCUGAGGACCUGCGCUGUGCCAAGGUGACAGUCGUGGCGGAGGAGCAAUGCCAGCGGACCUACCCCGGCUCCAUCACCGCCAACAUGGUGUGCGCUGGUGAGCAAACCAGCCGGGCCGACUCCUGCCAGGGCGACUCCGGGGGCCCCCUCAUGUGCGACGGGCAGCUCCAGGGCAUCGUCUCCUGGGGGCCGGGAAUCUGCGGGGACCCCCAGAAACCUGGCGUCUACGUCAACAUCUGCAAAUACACCCGCUGGAUCCAGGACACCAUGAGAAGGAACUGACCUCCCCAGCCCACCCGCAACCCUGCUGGUGCUGCCCAAGUCCCCACUGUGCCUUCUCCUCCUCCUCCUCAGCGAAGCUCCCUGGAGCCGGCCGGUCCGAGCGCCGCAGCACGCAUCCGGGGAAGGAG